CCGGCACCCGCGCAGGCGCAGUGGCCGGCACGUCAAUCCCCAUGGCCCAUGGGCACUGAGAACGACCCUCUCGGUUUGGACCAUUCGUCCCAGUACCUUGAAUCAUAUAUCUAAUCGUCGCCAAUAACUUCUUGGACCAUUCCUCGCGCUCGCGCAUCUCCCCCAUUGUUGCUGGUACUUACUGCUUGUCCGUUGCCGCUCUCCGACCUGCUCACUUCCCCUCCCGCCCUUUGCCUCGGAUCUUGAUCGGUGCAGAACCCCAACGCCGACGCCGACGCCGAUAUCGUCACCGUUACCGACAUUGUGCGCGACGAUUCCGUACUUGGGGGGCCCGGUUAUUCGACCAAACGCCUAACAGAGAACUUUGAUCCGUGUGCCUGUUUACUGCUUCUUCUACCUGAACUCGGCAAUAAUACAAUGGCUGCGCAGUCGAAAUCAGCCUCCAUCUCACCUUGGGGCAAGGCGGUUGCUGGCGCCUCCGGUGCUGUGCUCGCCAAUGCUUUAGUCUACCCGCUUGACAUCGUCAAGACGCGCCUCCAGGUCCAAGUGAAGUCGCAAUCCGGCGCAGUAGCGACUGAUCCCUCCGAACCCAUCGAACCCCAUUAUUCGUCCACCUGGGAUGCCCUGAGCAAGAUUGUUGCUGACGAUGGCGUCAAGGGCCUUUACGCCGGCAUGAGUGGCUCUCUCCUUGGCGUCGCCUCUACCAAUUUUGCAUACUUUUACUGGUAUUCUGUCGUGCGCGCCCUCUACCUGCGUUCUGCCAAAACUUCGGCACCACCUUCGACACUCGUCGAGUUGAGUCUGGGCGCGAUCGCCGGCGCUGUAGCCCAGCUCUGUACAAUUCCUGUCGCUGUCAUUACGACAAGGCAGCAGACCCAGCGCAAGACCGAGAGGAAAGGUUUUGUCGACACUGCACGGGAAGUUAUCGAUGGAGAGGAUGGGCUGUUCGGGCUCUGGAGGGGUCUUAAGGCCAGCUUGGUGCUCGUGGUGAAUCCUGCAAUCACUUACGGAGCUUACGAGAGGCUGAAAGAAGUCGUCUUUCCUGGCAAGAAUAACCUCAAGCCCUGGGAGGCAUUCCUUCUUGGUGCUGCCUCCAAGUCACUCGCAACGAUUGCCACACAGCCUCUCAUUGUAGCAAAGGUAGGUUUGCAGUCUAGGCCGCCACCCGAAAGGAAGGGCAAGCCUUUCGGCAGCUUCAUCGAGGUAAUGAACUUCAUCAUGGAGCGAGAGGGUGUGUCUGGUCUCUUCAAGGGUAUGGGACCACAGAUCCUGAAGGGCCUUCUUGUCCAGGGCAUCCUUAUGAUGACAAAGGAGCGCAUGGAGUUGUUGUUUAUCCUCUUCUUCCGCUACCUCAGGACGCUGAGGUCAAAGCGGCUGCAGGCUUUUGCACGGAGUCCCGAAGUUAUUCGCAGCGCAUCUGCCAUCAAACCUCUUUGAGAGAACAGUAGCGACAUGCAUACAUCUGCCUAAGCAACCUCGUCAAGGAGCCAAUGGCGGCUGGCCUUUCGACGUCAUGUAUAGCGGAAUGAGAUACUAUCUCAUAGGGCGUAGACUGUAAACAGAGUCGCGGGCAAACUCAUGGACUAAUCUGUAUCGUGAUAAGGAUAGAACACAAGAGCACUGUACGGUCACUACAAGUGGUUUGCACAAUAGAGACGACAAUCGACAACUCGAGGUAGCUAGGAUAGAGUAAACCACGUUUUGAUUCCCCAA